AUUAUUUGUGAAACUGAUUUAUCAUUCCUUGGCUCACUCUUUCCUAAUUCUAAAGUACUCCCUCUCUAUAUAAAUUCUCACUCACCUUAGUUUUCUUCUCAUUUCACUCACUUGCUUUCAAAUUCUCAUUUUCAAGCUGUUUGGUGUAAAGAUGGGACAAGUGCUUGGUUGUGUUCAAGUGAAGCAGUCAACUGUAGCCGUCAAGGAAUGUUUCGGGAAGUACGAUGAUGUUCUUCAACCUGGUUGCCAUUUUGUGCCAUGGUGUCUUGGCUGCGGUGUGGCUGGUGUCCUUUCUACGCGUGUCAUGCAGCUAAGUCUUCGUUGUGAAACUAAGACAAAGGACAAUGUGUUUGUUAAUGUGGUUGCCUCAAUCCAAUAUCGAGCAUUGGCAGAAAAGGCAUCAGAUGCUUACUACAAACUCACCAAUACCAAAGCACAGAUACAAUCCUAUGUCUUUGAUGUUAUCAGAGCUACUGUUCCAAAGAUGGAACUUGAUGCUGUUUUUGAGCAGAAGAACACAAUUGCAAAAGCAGUGGACGAAGAACUUGGGAAGGCUAUGUCAGCAUAUGGGUACGAGAUAGUUCAGACUCUUAUUGUGGAUAUUGUGCCGGAUGAGCAUGUGAAGAAAGCCAUGAAUGAGAUUAAUGCUGCUGCAAGAUUGAGGGUGGCUACAAACGACAAAGCUGAAGCAGAGAAAAUAAUGCAGAUAAAGCGAGCAGAAGGGGAUGCAGAAUCAAAGUACCUAGCAGGCCUUGGAGUUUCUCGUCAGCGCCAAGCCAUAGUUGAUGGGCUAAGAGACAGUGUUCUAGCAUUUUCUGGUAAUGUGCCUGGAACAUCAUCAAAGGAUAUCAUGGACAUGGUUCUCAUGACUCAAUAUUUUGACACAAUGAAGGAGAUUGGUGCAUCCUCCAAAUCCAAUGCUGUUUUCAUUCCACAUGGACCUGGUGCUGUGAGUGAUGUUGCUUCACAAGUAAGGAAUGGUCUUCUCCAAGGAAAUGCAACAACAGAGUCUUGAAGACAUACACAUAUAUCAUCAUACCAUGAUUUCCUCCUCCAGGCACUUGUAGUUUAGCUUUGCAACUAAAUCUUUAUAUAUGCUACUAUUAUGAAUCAUCCAUGGCAAGUUGGCAACUAAUGCCUUCUAUAUGUAUAUGGUCUUCCUAAUCAACCAUGGCAACUUUCUUAAUUUUAUCCACUAUUAUGAAUCUUCAACUUUUAUGAUAUCUCAUUAAAUAUAAUAUAAUUACA